AUGGACCACGCGCCAGUUUCAGAGUUGGAAAAAAUUAAUAAAAGCGAAACGGUGUACAAUACAUGGGAGUCGAAAGAGAAUUUCUGUUCCGAGAAUGAAACUCAAGCGCCGCUACGGAGACAGACUUUAGUAUGUAUGGGCACGUUCAUGAUGACCUUGGGCGCAGGCGCCACUGCGGGAUUCUCCGCGAUUCUCAUCCCGCAACUGCAGAAUUCAAGUGGAGGUAGAAAAUAUUCAAUAGAGAUGAUAUCAUGGCUAGCUUCAAUAUCAUCAUUCGCACUAGUAUUUGGAAACCUACUCUCAGGAUACUUGAUGGAAAGAUUUGGAAGAAGAAAAUCUCAACUGAUAUUAUCUAUAUUUUUUAUAUUAGGUUGGGUUUUAAUCGGGCUGUCUAGGGAGAUUAUAUAUAUAAUAUUAGCGGGAAGAUUUAUUACCGGUCUUUGUCAGGGUUGGCUUGGGCCACUUGGACCCGUAUUUGUGGGAGAAAUAAGUACACCUAUUCAUAGAGGAUUUUUCUUAGCAGCGUUGUCGCUGGCUAUCGCAACUGGUGUACUUUUGUCGCAUUUCUUUGGCACAAUGCUACAUUGGUCUACUGCUUCAAUACUGUGUGGAUCUUUUCCUCUAAUUGGUGGUAUUAUACUAUAUUAUGCGCCAGAGUCGCCAGCAUGGUUGGCCUCAAAAAAUCGAAUUGAAGAAUGCAUAGUAUCUUUUCAAUGGUAUAGAGGGAACAGUUUGGAAAUGAGAAUGGAAUUAGACAAAAUGAUUGAUGAACAGACAAAGAAGGACAAAACAAAAGGAAAGUUAGAAUCAUUACAGUCCAAUAUCAAAGAACCUCAAUUUUGGAAGCCAUUGUUAAUUAUGAUAUUAUUCUUUCUAACUACACAACUGUCUGGAGUAAACGUUAUAUGUGCAUAUACUACAGAUAUGAUGAAGGAGCUAAUUGGAGAGAAUAAUAAUAAAUCAACUGCAUACAUAGCUAUGCUAAGUAUAGAUGUUUUACGAUGUGUAUCUUUGUGCUUUGCUUGUGUCUUGCUGAGAAAAUUGGGACGAAGACCUUUGGCAUUGUUCAGUGGAAUUUUUACUUCAACGUCAUUGAUAACGUUAGCUGUAUAUUUGUAUCUAGUAAGUACAAAUCACAUACGUAACUUGUCUCCAUUUAUAUCUUUAGGUCUUAUAGCUUUCUACAUAAUUGUUUCAAAUUUAGGUAUCUCGCCAUUACCAUGGAAUAUGGUUGGCGAGGUAUUUGCUACAGAAACCAAAGGUUUAGGGUCUGGUAUAAGUGUUAUGAUGACUUCAAUUGCCUUCUUUGCGACUAUUAAAACAGCACCAGCAAUGUUCCAUAGCAUAGGACACCACGGAACAUAUUUAUUUUAUGGAGUAUCCACCUUAAUUGGGACCACAUUCUUAUUCUUUUGCUUACCUGAAACCAAGGGAAAAACACUUCUGCAAAUCGAAGAGUAUUUUAGAGGUAAUAAAACAGAAAAAGUAAAAGAUGAUUUCAAGAAAAAUCCAUUACUCGUGUAACUAAGUUCGAUAUAGGUUAGCUUAUCUAAAAGUUGAUGAUGUAAGAUCUCUUGUAAGUUUACUCAUAGUAUUGUGUCUUUUCUAUGUUUUAGUCAGAAUUUUUAAGUAACAAUAUUGAACUAUAAAAUAAUAUAGGAAAGGAAAUGACUGUGUUACUUAUAAAAUUAUUUAAGGUACAAAAAACAAGUAUCAUUAAACUUCUAAGACAUUAGACAUGUUUAGAAUCAAGUUAAUUUCUAUUUUAAGUUAAAAUAAUAAACGACUGUUUAAUAAGUUAUAUUCUACUUACAUUGCAUAGAAUUCAAUGUAAUUGUUUGUCCAAUAAUAUUUUAUGAAAGCUUGUGUGUACAAAGUGUUUGUAAUUAACGCACUAAAUACUGAAGAAUAUUAUUAUAACCUUGUCUGCUUUGAUACAAACAAUUGUUUUGAUUCUUUUGUAACAUAACGAGAUAAUUAAUAAAUAUAAAUAACAUUUAUAUACAAUAAAACAGUGUACUUAAAUACAAAGUCCGUAAUAUGAAUGUGAAAAAAGUGUGAUACGUUAUUAUUUAUGUGGUCACUAAAUUGUAAAUAUACUAGGAAGACAGUUUUCAAAUAAUAAGUACAGUAGUUGUAAAUAAUUUUAUUAACUCAAGCAUCGAAUAACAUAAUUAGUUUUAGUUUAUAAUUUUCAGAAUUUCGAGCUCAUAUGUUCUCAAAACCAUGAGUUGUGUCCCUUUUUGGCUUUCUCUAUUUUAUUCAUAUUUUUACAAAUUAAUACUUUACUAACAUAUUCUUAUGUAAAUUAUAUUGUCAAAUAAUAUUGAUUAAACAUGCCAAAAAUAAAGUAAUACUGAAAAUAUAAACUUCAGUUUUCUAAAUUUAAGAAUUUCUAAUGUGUGUAAAACAGAGAUUAGAUAAAUCGUAUUAUUUAGUACGCACAUUGAGCGGUUGAACUCGUGCAGUAAAAAUAUUUUACCGUAUGUUAGGAACAUCAUUUAUUUAGUGCCUACCCAAAAUAUUUGAACGGUGAUUAUCAACAAGUAAGUAGGUAUAUUUCAUCUCAAUCUUAUCACAUUACCUAUGUCAUUUGAAAAUCUAGAUAAUUUGUUAUGAUAACUAAAAUGAAGUAUUAUAUAUGAUUGAUAGAAGCACAUCAGAUAUUCCGUCAUUAACCUUUGUUGGCGAUAAAAUUAAUAAUAGAAUAACAUUUUUCUUUUUCUAUUUUUUUUUGUAUUGUAAUAUCAUAGGGAUAAAGCGUAAUAUUAAUCUUGAUAUCUGUAGGAAUAAUUAUUGAGUACUCAAAACAAAUCAAAUCUAUGGACAGACAGAAGUUUGAUAUUGGUAUUUAAUAGGAAUGCUUUUCUAUAUUCAGUCCGCCAUAUGUACACAUGUUGUUUUAUAAGUAGGAUAUUGUAGGUCUUCUGAGUGUGUAUAACAGAUGGGCCGAUUUAUUUUGUACUACAAUGAUAGCUUAUUUUUACAAUAAUAAACAUGUUUUUCAAUAACUAAAAUAAAAGAAACAGUGGCUAGUGUACAGUUGGCUUGAUAAUCAGAAAUAUAAGAAAAAUCGUAAGAUAAUUGACAGAGUGUAGGUAGAUCAGAAUAAAUUUUAAAUAUCUAAUAUUACAAUAUAAAAGAACGUAAUGUGUUUUAUUUAAAAUUGUAAUAUUUGUUGUAUAGAUACUAGUUAUGUAAUAAGAACUGUGUAUUUAGUCAAUUUUGCAAUAUUUCGAAAACUAUACUGUGAUAUUGAUAUAAAUAAAUCCAUAAUGUUUCGGAUACGUUGUUAUUUACAGCUAUUAUAUAAGAGAAUCAA